CUUCACAAACGGCAACAACCAAUCAAGCAAGCAAAGCAAGCAAGCAAAGCAAGCAAGCAACUGAACGACUGAGCACAACAGCAGACGACAAACGACCGCACCCCCACCGGCCAUCGAGCGACCACCGUCUGUCUCACACUUUCCACGCGCCACUUAGCGACACCUUACAACAAGCGAGAACAGAAUAACACAGAUCCCCUCCCAUGAUGGACACGGGUCAAGAUGACUCCAGUAGCCCACAAGAGGUACCACCAGAGCACCAACAGCCGUCAACGAGCACAGAUGCUGCAGCGAGUGAUCACAACGUGCGUGAUGCAAGCACACAAGACAAGUCUCAGAAAGAGGAUGAGGAACAACACGAAGACGCCACCACGACUGGGUCUGCUGCCGCUGCUGACAAGGACGAUGUUGAUGACGAUGAUGAUGGUGAAGAUGAUGAAGAAGAAGGGAAGGACGAGGAGCAGCAUGUGAGCGUGGAAGCGUUUGAGCGAAUGAACUUGUACGACGUGCUGCAAGUGGACAAGACGGCCUCCGUGGCCAAAAUCCGCAGGGCCUACUACAAGCUCUGCCUGAAGAACCACCCCGACCGCAAUCCAGAGGACAAGAAGGACGAGGCAGCCCGCCGCUUCCAACGCAUCAGCCACGCCUACAACGUGCUCUCAGAUGCAGUGCGCAGGCACAUUUACGACACGCAGGGCGACGGCACCACCGCCAGCAGCAGCAGCCGCAGCAGUGACAAGCUGCGUGCACUGCAUACGGGCGACCAGGAGUUUCUUGCCAUGGACUUUGCCAUCAGGUUCAAGGAGUUCCUUCCGCUGCUGGAACUCAUUCCCGCCAUGGAGAAGCGGUACGGGUUCAAGUCUGGCGAGGUGCAGCUCGAUGUCCCGGGCAUGGGCGAGGAGCAGUGCCCCGGCGACGCCACGUGCGACAUCAUCUCACUCCCUCACCCGACACAGCGCCUCUCGCUUGCCCUGUGCCUCUCCCACAAGCGGCUGCACCAGCACACGGCGGCAUGCCACACCUCUGCACACGCGUGCAUCCUGCUGGCCCGCUGCCUCCAGCGCGAGUGGAAGGAGGACGUGCACCGCAACUGGGUCAUCCAGCAAAGCAUGCCCGACGACCCCGUGCGCCCAAACUAUCCGUACUGGUUCAACAUUCGCAGUGGCGUGUCGUCCUGGUGCACGACGGACGACGGCAGCGACACCACACCACCGGCUUGGGCCACACAGGACCACGAGUGCACAAAGGACGAGUGCGGCUCGUUCGGCUUCACGCGGCUCAUGGACAACAUCUGGAUCUGUCGCAGGUCCGGGACACUGCACCUGUGCACGCCAACCCAGUGCCACUAUCGUGAGCCUGCGCCACAGGCCGUUGUUGCGCGCAUCUCCAUGCCCGCGUCAGCGUCCACGACCCCUGCUGCUGCAAGGGCAAGGCCCCAUCGCACCCCUACCUCCACCACACCCAGAACACACCAGCAUCAAAAACACAAACAGCCGCAGGCACAGGAUGCCAGCAGCGCACCCAAGCAAGCCUCUGCCACGGAACCAGCCAUGGCACCAGCCACUGCCGCAAAUACAGCCCCCACACCCCAAACAGAACAGCAGCAGCAGCAGCAGCAGAAGAAGAAGAAGAAGACGGACAAGCAAGAAGACACAGCGAACAAGGCAGCACCAACGACGCCUGCGCCUGCACCUGCGCCUGCAGCAACAGCAGCGACGACAGCCACAUCACGGGGCGGGGCCGUGGUGUGCUGGGCGACGCGGCUGCUGUUCAACGAGGACGGGCAGGACGCGCUGCUCGAUGCCGCCGGUCGCCAAUACUCGUAUGAUGGCGGCACAGACUCUGAGCUCCGCGUCAUCGAGUACGAAGUGCCUGCGACUGGUGAACGCGUGCGGAAGGUGAUUGAGCGGCCCGUGGGCAGCAACGUCGGCCGCCGCGUGCGUAUGGAGAAGGGCGUGCCUGUGAUUCCGCGCACGCCCGUCUCGGACAGCGCGUCACCGCCGCGGUAUGGGGACGUGUCCCCGAACUACGGCGACAUCUCGCCACAGUUUGGUGGCGAGUCACCGCUGUACCGCACGUCCAUGGAGUACAUUGCCCACCUGGAGCGAAAGGCGGCGCAGGUCGCGAAGCGCGAGCACGACGAGCUGGCAGCCAUUCACGAGCGCCGGCGGCGGGAGAUGAAGGAGCAGGGGUGGGAGAGCCCACCAGCAGCAUCAGAGGCGCCGUGGGAGCAGCUGGAGACGGCGUUUGCAGCAACACCCGCGCACCACCCCGUGGAGGCAAUUACAUCGCCAACGGCAACAGCGGCAUCAUCCGGCGUGCAGGCGGAGCUGGCAGAGGUGGACGCCCUCCGCGAGGAAGACGAGGUGGACACGAGCAAUGGUGGUGGCAAUGGUGGUGGUAGUGGUGAUGGUGGUGAUGGUGGUAGUGGUGGCAGGGGUGGCACAGCACAGCCCAAGGGGGAGGUGAAAGACGAAGAGCAAUUUGCACAAGAAGAACCGCAACAAGCAGAAGGGGACGAAGAGGAAAAGGCUGCGGCCAGCACACGGCGGGCGAAAGGGCGACGUAAGCAGCCAAGGCAGCGCAACACACGCGCCGUGAAGAAGGAGGAAGAGGAACCUGUCGAGCUGCCAGACAUUGAUCUGCACACGGGUGUGAUGACGCGUGCUCAGCGCGCACGCCUUGCAGCGAAACGCCGCCACGACACUCAUGGCGGUGAUGGCGGUGAUAGUAGUGAGCCAGCGGGGAAGGCAGCAAAAGUCACGAGCAAGAGAGCAAGCAGUCGCAACAGCAGCAACAGCAGCAACAGCAGCAAGAGCAGCCCGAGAAGGAGAAAGAGCGAUGGGAAAAGGAAGGCCACUGCAAGUGGCAAAACACAGGGCAAGAAAGGAGCAAAGCCGAAAACGCCUGCCCGAUCCAAGCCACGCGCGACGCCAAACAACAAGCAGCAGCAGCGACAGGGACAGGGCCAGCGGCGACGGCGGCAGGGCGAGGACGGGAUGGAACAUGAGGGCCAGCGGGGGCAGCAGCACGAAUCCGUGAUGGAGCAAAUCAAGGACGACAUGCGAACGGCGCACGCGCGCAUGAAGCGGGGCCUGGUGGAUGCAGCGAUCCACGUGGGCAGCCGGGUUGCCAACCCUCAAGACACAGCCGCGGAGCCGCAGGACUUUUACAUGAAUUACGUGCAGCACGCGCUUGACGACAAGGACCACGAGCCGGAGGCGCUGGGGGAUUACGUCACGCUGCGCACGGGCGAGAAGAACUUCAACGCAAUCGAGGAUGACGAGGAGGAGCGAGGCGAGGAGAUGCAGCUGCAAGCAAGGGACGUUGUGCUGGUGCGCGAGGUGGAGGCGUACGACAACCAGCGCGCCAUCAAAUACACGUUUGAUCCGGCAUUGGGCGAGCCCGUGUCGCAACCAGCAGAAGGCAGCGACGCUGGCAGCACCAGCACAGCACUGCGGGUGUACGACGGCCAGAUGUACAAGGUGCUGCCCAAACCAGAGACAUAUCGCGUUGCUGAUGCGGGCAAGCUGCGACGGCUGCCGCCACACCUCGCACACACGCCAGGCCCGCCCGUGGUGAACGCAAAAGCAGGUCUCAAGGGCAUGCCGCACCCGCUUCGCCGACCAAAGAAGAAGCCAGGUACCGAUACACAGCACCCAGCAGGCGGCAGCGGUGGUGGCGGUGUUGCGCAUGGAGACCACGCGGGAUCAUCAGCAGAUCAGCCACCGCACAAGCGCGCGCGUGUUGCGACCAACAAGUAGUUUGUUUGUCAUGCAUGUACAUGUUUCAGCACCACGAUUCGCCAACCAUGAUACUGAUUCCUGCGUCAGGUUUCCCCGCCGCCCCCCCACCCCUUCUCUAUCACUCUCUCACCUUUUCCCCCUUUUGCUUUGGCCUUCAUGUUCCCAUGCUAAUGUGAAUUGGGUUGAUGCGUUUAUUGUUGCUGUGAGGCACCAGGCAAGCAAGAUUCGCGCUUGCAUGCUCCACAGCGUCGUCAUCAUCAUUCUUGUCGCAAUGGCACGCUUUGGCGUGUGGUGACACUCGACAUGCAUGGGUGAGAUGAAUCAAUGAAACAGAUUACGAAC